CCCAACGACACACAUGAGUCCACACCCCAAGUCGGCCAAGAACGUCGGGUUCCGCGAUCUUGUCAACGGCGGCAUCUUGCAAUGCCUGGAAGCGGCCUCUCUUGGCAUGCCGUUUGAAGUGUGGAAGACGCGCAUGGGUAGCUACCGCACUGAAACGACUCUGGAAGCGUUUGGCAACAUCUACAAGCAAGGCGGGGUGUCUGCGUUUUGGGCGGGAACUGGCGCUAAGAUGGUGGAGUCCGCGUCCAAGGGAGCUAUCCUUUUGUUCUCGAAGGAAGCCAUCUCGGACUCGUUGCUUGCCAGUGGCGUCGGAGAGACCGUGACCGGGUUUGCCGCUGGUGCUGGUGGUGGGGUGUGCCAAGUUGUUGUGAUGGGACCUUGCACGUUCCUCGUCACCGCCGCUGUCAACGGUGACAAGAGCAUCUCGACCACACAGCGGAUCAAGAGCGUGUACGCCGCCAAGGGGAUCAAGGGCUUUUACCCCGGUGGCAGUGCCAUUGCGUUUCGUCAAGCGACCAACUGGGCGUCGCGCCAAGGGUUCACGGAAUUGGUUCGUGGCCAAUUCAAGGUCAUCUUCCACGGCGACGAGAACGCCAAGCUCACCGUCGCGCAAGAAGCCGGGUCCGGUAUUAUCGGUGGCGCAUUGGCGUGCUGGAACCACCCAUUCGAAGUGGCGCGCAUCCAAAUGCAGACUGCCGCCGAACGCGGCGAGCCCAAGCAAAGCAUGAUCCAAGUGUUCAAGACCGUCACCAAGGAGAACGGCAUCGGCGGUCUCUUCAAGGGCAUCGUCCCGCGCAUCGGGCUCGGCAUUUGGCAAACGCUGUUCAUGGUGACGGGUGCUAAGUUGGUCAAGCAGGCGCUGGACGGUGACAAGAAGUAGAUAAGUAGGCAAAUCAAACAAUGAUAUCAUGCAACGA